AUGGUGAAAACCAAACAGCAGAAGUCCAAACCCAAGAAAACUCCCCACGUGAAAAAACAGGGAAAGCAAGCCAAUAUCAUACAGUUUCGUUCACAGAUUGAUGCAUUGGGCCUAAAAAUUAUCCAAGUGACUGCAGAUGGUAAUUGUUUUUUCAGGGGACUUGCAGAUCAGCUGGAAGGUAAUGAGGAGGAACAUGGAAAGUAUCGCAGUAUGGUGGUGCAGUAUAUAAUGAAGAAUCGUGAAAUGUUUGAACCCUUUAUCGAGGAUGAUGUCCCAUUUGAUGAAUACUGCCAAUUGAUGGACAAGGAUGGCACAUGGGCUGGACAUAUGGAAUUACAAGCAGCUUCUCUUGUUACACAUAGUAAUAUGUGCAUUCAUCGGUACAUGUCUCCACGUUGGUACAUCCGGAAUUUUAAUCAGCAUGGAGCUCGUAUGGUCCAUUUAUCUUAUCACGAUGAGGAACAUUACAAUAGUGUGCGGUCGAAGGAUGACCCUUGUAAUGGGCCAGCUCAGCAAAUUAUAAUCAAGGCUGAUGCUGAUCUUUCAGCACCAUCUGUUCAAGCAAGAGCUGUGUCUGGCAAGUCUAAAGCAGGAAUUGCUAAGGAGAGUUUUGAUGCAGGAUCCCUUAAAUUGGUUAUGGCAGGAAGUGGUUGCGAAAAUGCUGAGAAAGUCAAACAGGUUUUACUAGAAGUAGAUGGUGAUGUUGAUGCUGCAAUAGAGUUUUUGGUAGCGGAGCUACAAACAGAUUUCUUCUCAGCAGAAAGGGAUUCCCUUCGCUGUGACACAAAUAUUUCUUAUGGUAAAGUCUGUGGAGAAGGAAACUAUGAACAAUGCAAGGAAGAACCUGUAACGAAGACCAACGAACAAUUUCCAUCAAAUAAUCACACCAAACAAAUCCAUGAUGAUAGCAGUUCCAGAGCAGAUGACAAGAAGUUUCCAAGAAACAAGAACUGUCCCUGUGGAUCUAAAAAGAAACACAAGGCUUGUUGUGGGGCUGUGAAGGGAAGAUCUUCUACUAAGAUUGUGUAUGUUCUUGAACUCCAGCACCUUUACCGAACAGUUGACUCUAGAAAAGGUAGAAAAGAAACAAAGCACGGCAAGAAACGACAUGAUCUAUCUGUGCCACCCAGUGGAUCUGAUGGUGGGCUGCCUGACAUGGGUGCACUUUGUAUAUGA